AUGGCAGAAGGAGGCUGGGUGCAGGGAGAGGAGGAGGAAGAGGAGGAAGGGGAGGCCGUGGCUCAGGGAAGCGGGGUCUGUAAGUGGUUCAAUGUGAGGAUGGGCUUCGGCUUCCUCUCCAUGAGCAGCAGAGACGGCGCUCCUCUGCAGGAGCCGGUUGACGUCUUCGUGCACCAGAGCAAACUGCACAUGGAUGGCUUCCGCAGCCUCAGAGAGGGCGAGGCCGUCGAGUUCACCUUCAAGAAAUCUUCCAAAGGACUCGAGUCUGUACGAGUCACUGGGCCAAACGGAGCUCCAUGUCUGGGCAGCGAGAGGAAACCAAAGAGUGGCCAGAAACGACGCUCAAAAAGUGACAGAUGCUACAACUGUGGAGAGCCCGGCCAUCAUGCCAAAGAGUGUCAGCUGCCUCCUCAACCCAAAAAGUGCCAUUGCUGCCAGAGUAUUUCCCACAUGGUGGCCAACUGUCCGGUCAAAGCUCAGCAGCAGCAGCAGCUGCUUUUGUCUUCAGCCACUCAGGGAGCAUCUUCCUCACAGACGAUGGAGGAGGAAGAGGAGCAAAGUGAGGAAACCAUGUCAUGA